AUGUCCGACAAUUCAUCACAAACAAAUAUCAAAACUAAAUACAAUCUUCCGAAACCUACGCCAGCUUAUUAUCCGCACGAUGGAUCCCCCAUAUAUGCCGAUAAGAAACUUUACCAGAAAAUUGGUGCUUGCGAAAAGACACUUGUGGAAAAACAUUUGUGUCAACCCCGUAGAGGCAUAGCUGUGAAGAUUCCUGCUAAAUCUGUAUUCAGAAUUACCACUCCGGAAGGCCCGCAGGUGUGCGAUUUGAACAUCUGGAACUUGCACAAUCCUAGAGAGAGAUUUUGGGCUGCCCGGAGUCGUCAAUUGCAUUCAGCGCAUGUGUCUACCUACGAUAGACUUUGGUCCAACCUCCCAUUCCUUCGCCCAUUGGUAACUAUUACUGGUGAUUCCAUGCUGGACAGAGGCCAGGAUGAAUGGGGUGGAAGAUUGCAUGAUUUGAACGGAACAAGAUGUGAUCCAUACAUCGACCAAUUAAUCAGUGGACAGGAAAAUAAUUUCCACUGCCAUUCAAAUUUGCUUCGGGCAGUUUUACCACAUGGAUUGACCGAGUUUGAUAUCCAUGAUGUUAUAAAUGUAUUCCAGGUCACAGGAUUGAACGAGUAUGAUCAGUAUUUCAUGGAGGCAUGUCCUGCAAAAGCUGGUGAUUAUUUCGAGUGCUUUGCCGAGCAGGAUUUACUUAUUGCUAUCAGUGCUUGCCCUGGUGGAGAUUUGUCUCAAUGGGGUUGGGGUGAAGAUGGCGAGAAUUUGGAAGACCUGAAGAUGGUCGAUUGUUGUAGACCACUAGGAAUAGAGGUGUAUAAAAUUAACGAUGAGAAAGUUUUAGAAGGUUGGGUGCCUCCCAAUGUUGUUGGAUACAAGGGCAACCACGGCUUACAAAACCCAGCUUAA